AUGGUAGAUCCUAGAAUCCAAUCAGCUUAUGCUAAUAUAUCCAAAAGAAAAAUUGUUAGUUUUCCAGAAAAAUUAACUAGUUCACUACCUAAUGAUCUGGAAGAAUUAACUAAUUCAUCUUUACCUAAUGAUCUGAUAUUUUAUUUAGAAGAUUUUGUGGAUAUUAGCAAUGAAGAACCACAAGAAUCGCAUGAAAAAAGAUAUCCAUUUUUGGUAAAAAAGACUUCUAGAAAAAAUAUAAGGUCAGAAAUUUUACUUUCAGAAGUAAUAAAUGAAUUAGUUUCUGAUGAUGAUGAUGAUACAUCUGAAGAAAAUAAUGAAAGAGACUUUGAAGACGAUACCUUAGAAUAUUCAUCAGAUGAUUUAGAGGAAGAAUAUUAA